GAACUAAAUAUUCAAGAAGAUCCAAAUGAAGAGUUAACUACUGAUCAACAAAAUAUUAAUCAACAGAAAAAUAAAUGUCUUAUCAAACAAAUUAAAAAUGAUUUAGAACAUAAAAUAGAGGAUCAA